CCCGAGUCAGAGCAGUCGGUGGCGUCCGAGCCGCAGGCGGACAGCGGCGUCUCGUGCGGCCAGUUCUCGGCCCGGCUGAUGGCUCUGGUGGCGGCGGCGCUGGCGGCGCUGCCCGAGACCGACGUACCGGCCGCCUGGGCCGUGGUGCGCUCCGAACAUCUCUGCGUACUUGCUAACCACGACGAGCCGGCCGCGCGCACCGCCGUGCUGAAGCUGCUGACCGUCUGGUGGCAGCGCGCGCCGACCGCCGAGCUGCAGCGCUUCACGCACGACAACGGCUUCCACCUGCUGGGCAACCAGCUGCACGCGCACCCGGCCACGGCCGCCCUGCUGGAGGCCAGCUGGCGGCUACUGUCUGGCGGCGGCGCGCCCAGGCCCGAGCAGGAGGCGGGCGCACUGACGCUGCUGCUGGCCCUGCUACCGGCCGCCACGGCCGACAUCAGCCUCUGUCACAACAUCAUCACCGCGCUGACGCACAUCGUCACCAAGAUGGAGCGCUGGGUGGGCCCGCUGUUGGAUGACGGCCUGGUGGAGUCUGUUUGCGGCGCCACGCUCCGGCUCGCCCACCUGCCGCUCCAGCUAACCGACCUCGGCACCAGCCAGCGGCAGAUCCUCUACGAUGACGUUACCCGGCUGAUGACGUCACUCACCCGCCGGCUGGUGCUCUCCAACCAGCAGAAACACUUCCAGGUACUGUACGACCUGCUGAUCGUGCUGAACUACCUGUACGAGGAGGAGAUGCGUCAGUGCGGCGCAGGCUCUACGCCCACCGUCACCGUCGUCAUGCUGCAGUUUGACGUCAUCGAGACGGCGCUCUCCACCGUCCUGGAGGCGGUGGGCCGGCCGGCCGGUGACACGCCGUCACACGCGCCGUCGCACUGGGAGCUGCGGGAGCGGCACCGGCGCGUCCUGCUGCUGGGCGUCGACCUCAUUACCUACCUGGACCCGGCCAACGUUACGGAGCAUACGGUACGCUUCCUGCAGUGGCUGCUGCCCAUGGUGGUCAUCUGCAUGCAGACGCCGGCGGCGGAGGGGCGCGGAGAGGGCCCACGACACCCGCGGCCCGGCCUCAAGACGGCGCUCGGGACGCUGCUGGUGACGCUGAGCUCUCCCGACUGGCCGUCGGACGUGCGCGUGUUCGUGGCUGUGUUCCUGGCCCAGAUGGACACGAACGUCGACUCGGUGCUGCAAUCGGCGCUGCUCGGCGCUAGCAACAAGGCGUCCCAGUUCAGCCUGUUCUUCCACGAGCUGCUCUACUCGUCCGACCUGAGCUCGGAGCCGCCUUCGGCGCUCGGCUCCAACAGCGGCUCCAUCAACUCGCUGCCGGGCGACCACUUGGACGCAUCCAGCGGCGAUGUGCGCCCCGCCGCCGCUCCCGCCGCCGCCCCCGCUUCUGCCGCGGACACCCCGCCGUCGGACCGACGCGGCUGCACGCCCGACCGGCUCGGCUCGGUGGCCACGUCGGGCCGACAGGGGGCGCUCAGCGUGGUGGCCGAGGCGCUGGAGAGGAGCGGCCUACCGCCGCCGCCGCCGCCGCCGCAGAAGGGGGCCCGCUGGACAGUGGUGGACCAGACCAUCCGGCUCUGGCGCGAGGACCGGGCCGCGCGCUACAAGGAAUGGCGCAAAAAUCUCGUCGCCGCCGAACGAAAGGCGACGCAGUGUUUCGAGACGCACUACCACCGGGUGUGCGAGUCAGCCCACCGAGCCACCGAGGUCACCAGCGAGCGGCAGAACGAGGCGCGCCGCGGCUACCUGCAGAUCCUGCAGGCCUCUGCCAUGACCAGGGCCCGCGUGGAGGCCGCCUGGCGCCAGGUGGUCAGACAGAUGGCCGACCAGGGAGCCCCCUGGGCGCCGCCCGAGGCGGAGCACAGCUUCUGGGAGCUGGACCCCACCGAGGGGUUCCUGCGUCAGCGCAACCGGCUCCGCAAGACCAAGCUGAACCUGGCAUCCCGCUUCUUCAAGCCGGACGUCUCGCGCCGCCUGGAGAGCGACCGUCUGCCGGCGCCGCUGUCGUUCCUGCUGUCGGGAAGCGCGGCCGAAGUGUCAUCCCACUACAUCGAGCAGCUGCACACGGACCGCGUCAGGUACAUGACCCCGUGCGAGGUGAUCGUGCUGGACGGCGGCGUGGCCGGCGAGAUCCUCAUCAGCGACUCGAGCCUCUACUUCGUGGUGGAUCGACGCGCCGCCAAGGAGCCGUCGGCGCGGCUGGUGGUUGACUCCGACUCCGGCUACCAGCGGUGGCCGUGCGAGGACGUGUGCGAGCUGCACCGGCGGCGCUACGAGCUGCGCGAGUGUGCCGUCGAGCUGUUCAUGCGGACCGGUAGCACCCACCUCAUCACGUUCGCCUCGCAGGAGGUGCGCGAGCGGUUCCUGUCGGAGGUGUUCAGCUGUCCCAGCCUGCAGCCGAUGGAGGGCGAGGCGCUCGCCGACCUCACGCAACGCUGGAGGGAAGGCCUCAUCACCAACUUCGAAUACCUGAUGCAGUUGAACAAGAUGGCCGGACGCACCUUCAACGACCUGAUGCAGUACCCGGUGUUCCCGUUCGUCGUGCGCGACUACAGUUCGGACAGCCUGGAUCUGGCGGAGCCGGCCGUCUACCGGGAUCUGCGCCGACCUAUGGGCGUGCAGGACCCUACGCGGGAGGCCUACUACCGCGAACGGUACCAGUACCUGCAGUCAGAGAUGUUCGGCUCGCCAGAGAAACUGGGCAUUGACGGACCGUACCACUACGGCACCCACUACUCCAACUCGGGCAUAGUGCUCCACUUCCUAGUGCGUCUGCCACCCUUCACCAAACUCUUCCUCAGGUUCCAAGAUGGCAACUUUGACCUGCCGGACCGGACGUUCCACUCGGUGGAGCAGGUGUGGCACCUCUCCAGCUCCGCGUCCAACACCGACUUCAAGGAGCUCAUCCCCGAGUUCUACUUCCUGCACGAGCUCUUCGCCAACAGUCAGGGUUUCCACAUCGGGCGCCGCCAGACGGGCGAGCCGGUGGACUCGGUGGUGCUGCCGCCCUGGUGCCAGCACUCGGCGCGCCUGUUCGUGCUGGUGCUGCGCCAGGCGCUCGAGUCGGAGGCGGUGCGCCACGGCCUGCCGCACUGGCUCGACCUCGUGUUCGGCUUCAAGCAGACCGGCCAAGCGGCCGUGGAGGCCAUCAACGUGUUCCACCCGGCUACGUACGUGGGCUACGACGUGGACCGAUACGAGGACGCGAUGGCACGCCAGGCGCGUCUGACGAUGGUGCGCACCUACGGCCAGAUGCCGCGUCGCCUGUUCCGCUCUGCCCACCCGCACGUCGCCGACCGACUCCAGGGGCGCCGGCCCGUCCAGCCGCCGCUUCUGCCGACGGUCACCGGGCUUCGCUGGGGCGAGUACGUCGGCUCGCCGGAGCUGGCGGCGCCCAGCGUGGUGUGGCAGCGGCCGCUGGGGCCGGCCGUCUGGCGGCUGGAGGUGGCGCCGCCCGGGCCCGUGCUGACCGUGCCGCCGCACACCUGCAUCGCGCAACAGUGGCGCCAGACGCGACGCAACGUGUUCGGCGCGGCGCCGGCGGCCGACCAGCUCGGCUGGGUCAACUGGGGUCAGGCGGACGGGCUGGUGCGCCGCCACCGCGAUCAGCUGACGGAGCCGAUUGUGGCGCCGCCUCCCGGAGACCAGGUGGAGCUGUGCGCGUUCGCCGCCGGCCGGCUGUGGGUGGCGCUACGCUCGGGCGCCGUACACGUGUACGAAACGCGGGCGUCGGCGGGCGCACGCGGCCGCCGCCUGGCACGGCUUGGCCUAGCGCGGCUGGCCGCCCUGCAGCCCAACCCGCACUUCUCCGUCAUGGUAGCGGCAGACGUGCUGGGCCAGCUGGCCAUCUGGGACACCAACACCCUGGAGCUGGUGCGGCGGCUGUGCGUGGCCGGCGCGGUGCACGUGCUGGCCACCAGCCCCACCUCGGGCGACAUCCUGGUGGCGUACGGCGAGUGGGACCGGCCGGCCGCCGCCGCCAGCACGCUGGAACUCAUCACCAUCAACGGACGCACCGCCGCCCACCGCGGCUGCCCGGUCAAGGUGACGGGCGUGACAGUGUCUGCGCUGACCGAGGGCCGCGCUGUGAACGUGGUGGCGGCCGGCCACGAGGACGGCACCGUCACGCUGUGGGACACGUGGCUGCUGCGGCCGCUGCUGGACCUGGCUGCCGAGAGGCCGCGCCACCUGCCCGCCUGGAGCUGCCGCGCCGCGGAGCAGUGA